CCACCGGCAGUCACCGACAGCACAAAACCCUUCUUCUGUUGUGUUACUUGUUCAUAACCAAGGCGAAUUCGUUUUCGGCACAUCGUGAUUGCAUCUUAUUGAGUUUCUCGCUGAUAUAUAUACCGUUUCCGGUAUUGCGGCCACGAGCAGAAAUUAUAAGUGGAUUUUAAUGGUAUUAGAGAGGGGGUUAUAGACUGCACCUCCUCCCCCUCCAUCAAACUGCCCCGUCAUUCGAGGGACGGACCCUACAAGUCGGUGACACCUGUGGUGCGAUCGCAAAGAUCCAGCUGACGUUAGCACCAGUCGCCAUGUCUGCCAUGAAGCACAGCUACACAUACGACGACUACAAGGAGACUGCAAACUGGCUCUUGACUCGCAUCGAGCGGCACCCCACUGUGGCCAUCAUCUGUGGCUCAGGCCUGGGUGGCUUGGCUGACCUUCUGGAGAAGAAGAAGACUUUCCCCUAUGAGGAGAUCCCCAACUUUCCCAGGAGCACUGUGCAGGGUCACGCCGGCCAGCUGGUCUUCGGGGAGCUGAAUGGGAAACAGUGCAUUUGCAUGAAGGGCCGCUUUCAUUUCUAUGAGGGCUACAGCGUCACCCAGCUGACGUUCCCGGUGAGGGUCUUCUGCCUUCUGGGUGUGGAGACUCUGAUCGUCACCAACGCCGCCGGAGGGCUGAACCCCGAAUUCCAUGUUGGUGACAUCAUGGUGAUAAAGGAUCACAUCAACAUGCUGGGAUUCGCGGGCCAGAACCCGCUGUGCGGCCCCAACGACGAGAGGUUUGGAGUCCGCUUCCCCAGCAUGUCCGAUGCCUAUGACCGUGACCUGUGGCGUCUGGCCCAGGACGCAGCCCGUGAGCAGGGCAGCUCCGCUUUCCUCCAGCAGGGGGUGUACUGCGUGCUGGCAGGCCCGUGCUUUGAGACCGUCGCUGAGUGCAGACUGCUGCAGAAGCUGGGGGCUGAUGCUGUGGGGAUGAGCACCGUUCCAGAGGUUCUUGUGGCCCGGCACUGCGGACUGAGAGUCUUAGGCCUCUCCUUGAUCACCAACAUGGCAGUGAUGGAUUACUGCAGCACCAAGUGUGCCAACCAUGAGGAGGUGCUGGAGACCACACAUAUGAGGACCCAGGACCUGCAGAAGUUGGUCAGCAGCUUGAUUGUGAAGCUGUAGGUGGCGUGUGAGACCAUGCUGUGGAUCAAUUCAUCCAAAAAAGCUAAUUAUACUAAUUUUACAUGGCAACUCUAUGGCCAUUACUCAUCGAUUCAAUUUUUUGCAGAUUGUAAAAAUAUAUGUGAAUUUCUAUGUCAUUUGUCUACUCUUUUGAUUCGUUUGAACUUUCCAGAAUGGAACCAAUAUUGAAAUUAUUCCAGGUGAAAAAAAUGGGAGGUUUGAUCUUCUUGAUUGUGAAUCAGAUGCUAGUUUUAGCUUGUGGGAAAAUGCACAGUAGCUGUGGAAUCCCGUCCUGGACAAACGUCACCAGCGUUGGCAGACCGGAUGCUACGCAGAUACAAAGAGAAGUGCUUCAGCAUCCUCUGCUCCUCAGGACAACACGCCAGUGCUAUCGAAGACUGUACAGAAAGUGACCGUGCUUUACAUGCCGCACUGCGCUUUGACACAAAUCCAGUUUGGAUUCUUUGUAAGUACAGGGGAUUAAAUUAAUGUAAUAUGACACUGCAACACUUUGCAUUGCAUGUAUAUUUUCUGUUCAGUUGCAAAAGUUAUUAAACAUAUAAAUUUCGCCCAUUCACCACUGAGACCAAACUGUAAUGACACAGUCUUCCUUGUUGAAGCUCAGGUAUUUUCUGUUGAUCGCUGUACUGGCUGGGAACAAGCAGCUAGUGCCUGUUUCCAGUCCUCUGUCUCGCUUUGUUUUCCGUUGUUGGGCCAUCGGGCAGUGGAUGGCACCCUUGCAGCCCAGCGGAUGACUCAGCAGGUCACAUGACCAUCUCUGACUUCACUCAGGUUGUUUCAAUAACUUAAUGAAGCAUUCUGUUACAUACAGUACCGCAGAGCUCACUAGCGUCACUUCUGCUAAAACACGACUAAUGCGUUCCUU